CAUUCUUGAGCAAAUUGCAUUGUUUUAAAAACGAACUGUCAUGAUAAAUGAAUAUGGAUUAAAAAGACCAAUAAUAGUCAUCUAUAAAUGUAGGCUAAAGUAUUGAGACUUUACAAAGUAUUUGUUUAUAUUUUGAUUUCCGAGUCUACCUUUAUUUUAUUUUGAUAUUGGCGCCUCUUGGCGUGCAUGUUUAACACUGUGUAUGUUUCUUAUAAAACAUGCUUUCGGCGCCCCCUGUGGCGCUCUUCUGCGUUGCACAUCUCCCCUUUUGCGCCACAAGGGGGCAGAUUUGAUUCCUGCCGCAUGAAUCGAGUGAAAAAGUUCAUCUGAGCUGGAGAAACUUCAUGUGAGAUGAGCAGAUGGAAACGGGCUCUCCUCAACAUCACUUCACGAGGCGCUGCUUAUCGUUUAACUUCACAAACUAAGCCGCUUUAUUCACAUCACAUGAUGAUGUUUAGAUUAUUAUUCUGUCUGGUGUUUGUUGGCUCAGCGCACGCGGAUAAACGCGCAGUGGAGAUGAAGAUGAGCCUGGUGGAGUCUUCCUCGCCCGCACUGGAUCACCCGAGCUCCACAUCAUCACACCAUCACCGCGAUGAGGAUCUCGCGACCCGAGCGCACCACCCCCCGAGAGUCCCACGCGGAUCUAAAUCAAAGCUGAAAGACCGACACCCGGUUCUUCACACCCACCAAUACACGAGACCCCAUCCCGACCCCGACGGGUUCUUCACGACACCCAGAACCUUCCACGGGUCACUGCGCGUGCACAACCCGUUAUACCCGGUGACGGAGGAGUCGUACAGCGCGUACGCGGUGAUGCUGCUGGCGCUCGUCGUGUUCUCCGUGGGCAUCGUGGGCAAUCUCGCGCUCAUGUGUAUCGUGUGGCACGACUAUUACCUGAAGAACACGUGGAACUGUGUGCUGGCCAGUGUGGCGUUCUGGGACUUCAUGGUUCUGUUCUUCUGUCUGCCUAUCGUCAUCUUCAAUGAGUUGACCAAGAGAAGACUCGCGGGUGACCUGUCGUGCAGAAUAGUGCCCUUCGUGGAGGUGACAUCUCUCGGUGUGACCACGUUCUCUCUGUGCGCUCUCAGCAUCGACCGCUUCCACGCGGUGACCAGCGUCCGGCCCCGGCCGCGUCAGAUCGAGGCCUGUCAAUCAAUCCUGGCCAAACUCUCUGUGAUCUGGGUGGGUUCUCUGGUGCUGGCGUCUCCAGAGCUGCUGAUGUGGCAGCUGGUGCAGGACGUUUCUCCGCACACGGGUCUCCCGCUGGACUCCUGCGGUCAGGAGCCGUCUGUCAAUCUGCCCGAGUCUCUGUACUCGCUCGUGCUGACGUACCAUCAGGCCCGGAUGUGGUGGACGUUCGGCUGUUUCUUCUGUCUGCCUCUUCUCUUUACCGCCGCCUGUCAGCUGCUUACACGUCACGUGACGGAUGAAAAUGCCAAGCAUGCCCGACCGUCCUCUUCCUCCUCCACCUCGUCACCCAAGAAACGGCAGCGGGCGCGUCGCGAGCGUCAGCUGACACGUACGGUAUUGGCGCUGGCGGUUGUAUACGCCACGUGUAGCUUACCAGAAAACGCCUGGAACAUCGUCCUGGCAUACGUGGGUGUGGAGGUGGGUGUGGCCACGCGGGCACUGCUGGCUCUGAUUGGUCAGUUCCUGUUGUUUGUGCGCGCUGGGGCCACGCCCGUUAUUCUGCUCUGCAUCUGUCGGUCUCUCGGGCAGGCGUUCAUGGACUGUUGCUGCUGUUGUUGCGAGGAGUGCAGGCCGGACCAGUCUUCAUCAUCAUCGUCUUCGUCCGCAUCCACCAACGCUACAGCCGUCUCGUCGUCACCUUCAUCUCAAGAGGAGAAACUGAAGAUCGUAUCCGGGGCGUCGCCCGCCGCAUUCUUUGAUCGAGUUAAAGAUGCUCCUGCCGAGCUGAUCAUCGGAACACCUUGUUAGAGAUUCUUCGGUUUAUAUCCGUGUCUAAACUGUGAAGGAUUUAUAUUCCGGUGAAGGAAUAGUUCACACAAAACCUUCCGUGGAAAAAGAUCCAGAAAUCACUCAAAUAGGAACUUCUUAGACAAUAAAUAAAUAGUAAAUCAUCAAACACAAUGUUUGAUUACAAUUUCGGAUCCCGGUCCAAACUUGUACUUAGUUACAAUAUCAACACAUAAAUUGUUAACUUAUAGCUGUUUUUGCAUCUUUAGUUUUUAGUUUUGACAGGAAUACACUGGGACAUGUGUUUUUUAUAUAUGCAAUCCAAAAAAAUUGCAGUUGAUCUGCAGCAUUCGAAUCUCAUUUACACUAAAUUCUGUCAAAUAAAAAAAAGUUUGUUUAUUUUUGUUUUCUGGUUCCAUCUCCAUUCAUAAAAACAAAUGUUUUUCAUUUUGCUGUUUUGUGUUUUACAUAUAUAUAUACAUAUCAACAAUAGUAGUCUGGUGUAAAAUGAUCUUGUCUUGUAUUAAUAAUUAAUAUUUUGUUCAUGAUGAGAUACGUUGUAUUGCUGGAUGGACAUUCACGCAAACUUGAAAACAUUUCAAUGCAUUUUAUUUGAUUUUUAAAUAUUGUUUUGAAAGCAAACGUAUUAAAUGGAGAAGAACGCUUGUAAAGGCAAGAUGACAAUUUGUGAUCUUUUGAAGAGAAGGUGUUGUCUGGAUAAUUGUGUUUUUGUGAAUCAUACAGUAUGUUUAUCAAAGUCUGUCUGAUGUCAAUCUGCUGGAGUUCCCUUUAUAAACUCUCAGACAAACCACUAGCCGUAAAACAUUCUUUUGUGAUUUUAACGUGUGAUUUAGAGGACGACCGUAAUACCUAAUCGUGACAUUGUAGCUGUGCAGAUCUUUAGCGUCAGGGUUUUUCUAUCUUUUCUACAAUAAAAGAGUUUGUGAUGUU